UGAUUUACAGUGAAAUCAAAAACCCCAAUAUGUCAUCCGUUUCCGCCGGAGAGGUCGACACUCCACUGAGCUACCAACGAACAAAAAUAACCAGUCGAUGAAAAUGCCCACCAUGCCCUCCCCCUCCGCCGCCGCCCACCUCACCCUCCUCGCCCUCCUCUCCGCCACCACCUUCUACUGCUUCUACAAAUCACGCCGCCUCAAAAACCUCCCCAGAAACCCUAACCCUAACUCUCCGCCCAAAGGCAAGCUCUUCUACCUCUCCCAAACCAACACUUCCAAAAUCCUAGCCCACCGCCUCCUCGACCUCCUCUCCUCCAACGAUCUCCCGUUCGACCUCGUCGAUCCGCACAACUACGAGCCCGAGGACUUACAUAAGGAAACCCUAGUUUUGAUCGUCGCUUCCACUUGGGAAGACGGGAAGCCGCCUCCGAAUGGAAAAUUCUUCGCCGAUUGGUUGGCGGAGAGCGCUGAGGAUUUCAGAGUCGGGUCUCUGUUACUUAGUAAAUGUAGGUUUGCUGUUUUCGGCGUCGGGAGCCUAUCGUAUGGAGAGAACUUUAAUGCUGUGGGGAAGGAGUUUUCGAAGCAGAUGAGAGCGUUGGGGGCUGAGGAGGUUUUGCCUUUGUGGGAAGGGGAUGUGGAUGGGGGUGAUUUGGAUGAGGUGUUUGGUGCUUGGAGUGAGAAGUUAGUUAGGGUUUUGAAUGGUGGGGGUCUGGGGAAUGCGGCAUUUGGUGUUGGGUAUGGGGCUAAGGAUGAGAGUGAGUAUGAGAUGAUUAGCGACUCAGAUGAGGAGGAUGGGGGAGAAAAUGGCGGGGAAUCGGGUGUUGUAGAUCUCGAGGACAUUGCGGGAAAAGCUCCUUCAAGGAAAUCUACAACAAUUGUCAAGUCUAAUGGGAAAUUGAAUGGUGAGAAGGAAAUGGUGACUCCUGUGAUUAGAGCUAGCUUGGAGAAGCAGGGUUAUAAGAUUAUUGGUUCACAUAGUGGAGUUAAAUUGUGUAGAUGGACCAAGGCACAGCUUAGAGGGCGUGGAGGUUGCUACAAGCACUCAUUUUAUGGCAUAGAGAGUCAUAGGUGCAUGGAGACAACUCCAAGUUUGGCGUGUGCCAACAAAUGUGUUUUUUGUUGGAGGCAUCACACAAAUCCCGUAGGAAAAAGCUGGCAAUGGAAGAUGGAUGAUCCCUUAGUUAUUGUGAACUCUGCCAUAGCACUGCAUACAAAAAUGAUAAGGCAAAUGAAAGGAGUUCCAGGUGUUAAACCAGAGCGCUUAAUGGAAGGACUUUCUCCGAGACAUUGCGCCCUAUCGCUUGUCGGUGAACCGAUCAUGUAUCCGGAAAUUAACUCACUUGUAGAUGAGCUUCAUCGGAGGCGUAUUUCUACUUUUCUUGUAACAAAUGCACAGUUCCCUGAAAAGAUUAAGAUGCUGAAACCUGUUACCCAGUUAUAUGUUAGUGUAGAUGCUGCAACAAAGGAGAACUUGAAGGCUAUUGAUAGGCCACUUUUUGGGGACUUCUGGGAGCGGUUUCUUGAUUCCUUGAAAGCUCUCAAGGAGAAGCACCAGCGAACUGUUUAUCGCUUGACACUAGUUAAAGGGUGGAAUACAGAGGACCUAGAUGCCUAUUCUAGCCUGUUUGGCAUCGGAAAUCCAGAUUUUAUCGAAAUUAAAGGUGUCACCUAUUGUGGAUCGUCUGCUACAUCAAAAUUGACAAUGGAAAAUGUGCCCUGGCAUUCUGACGUUAAAGCGUUUUCUGAGGCUUUGGCUCAAAAAAGUAAAGGGGAGUAUGAGGUUGCUUGUGAGCAUGUCCACUCAUGCUGUGUCCUCUUAGCAAAUGCCAGUAAGUUUAAGAUCGACGGCCAAUGGUUCACAUGGAUUGACUAUGAAAAGUUUCAUAAUCUGGUUGCUAGUGAAAGACCUUUUGACAGCAAGGAUUACAUGGCGGCGACACCAUCUUGGGCUGUUUAUGGAGCGGAAGAAGGUGGCUUUGAUCCAGGCCAAGCUCGAUAUAAAAAGGAGCGGCAUCACAAGUCAAGUCACUGACAGAUCAGGGCCUCCUAGCGGCGAAAGAAGGUUGUCGUCGCCAAUGAAUCUCGAUAGCGUGGAUUCCGAAAAGGAUCAGUCCAGUCGGUUAAGCGAGGAUAGUGUUAGCAAGCCGGGUGGGGGCGGAAGUAGCGAAAUUGCAAUCUCUGCUUCCGUCAAAGCAGUGAUGCUCCAGGGUGUGAGGGACGGGGAAGUUAAGAUUGUUCACCACCACAGUCGCAGCAACAGCAACAUUACAGAGGCUGUCCACAUUCUCAGUACUGACGUGCCGUAUUUCCAGGACCCGAAGAACAGACCAUUGAAAUUCUGGGCCAUCCGAUUGCUUGAGCGAAACCCGAAAAAGUUGGAUCUGUUUUGCGACUUGCCGACCAGUGCGGAAGGGAUGGAGUGGCUGGCGGCUGAGCACGAAGCGGAGAUUCAGCAAGGCCGAACGUCCAGCGCUCCUCUCGGGCUUUUGGCUCCCCCUCCCAACUUCCCCCCUCCGCCAUAUGAGUAGAGUUAUAAUUUCAGGACUAUAUAUCUGAUGGCUACUGUUCUGUGGGCUGAUUCGGUUGCUACAUUCUGGGUUGGUUGGUUUUUGUUUUCAAAAAUAGUAGGUGAUGAUUUGCUGCUAUGUUGGUUUGUUUCGGCCGUUAACUGUUGAGUCAUAGGUGACUGUUUAUCAUUAUGGAAGUAUCUUGGAGUAUUGAUUAUA